GAUCGUAAUUCCUUUGACCGGCCGUUCAUUUGGCAGUUUAGUCAAGAAGUGAAAUAUGCAGAUGAUCGGCAAGGUUGUAGUAUUAUUCAUCCUGUUCCAAGUUCCUGUAAUAACUUCUGGUCGAUUGUGCCAUUUUGAAACUGAAAUUUCAGCGUCGUUUUGGAUUCGAAAACCUUGUAUGUUCUUCUUUGGCAACGAAACUAAAAUUAUAAAGUACAUUGGAAAUGAACUGCGAUUCGGAGAGGACGCUGGCUCGAAAGGGGCUUUUAGAGGAUUAAAAGUGAAUCUUAACAAGUUCUUUGAAAGCCCUUUGACGCUCUGGAACAAAAGUUGUGAUUGUACUGAAGUACCAUGUUUGAACGAACAACAAUUGAACAAUUUAUUUGCUAACAGUUUGGAGCUGGUUCGCAAAGAAGUACCGACUAGAUUUCGAUAUCUUCCUCGAUUAUGCUGUGCAUUACAACAAGUUUUGGGAGAACUCGUUUUUAGAUUGCAACCAGAAGACAUCGCGAAAUUGACGAGAAUUGCCAUAAAGGGAAUUAACAUUCACAAUUGGACAACAUGUGUCAGUAAUGAACUCCGACAGACGGAGUGGUGCAAAACUUUUAAAGAUAGAUGUGAUAACCUUAUAGAUCGUAUUAAGAGAGGCUGUGAUGGAAAACCAAGGGAAAAGAGAGAUAUUGAUCUAAAUAUGACCACAGUAUGCAGUUCGUCCUCGUGUUUUCAGGGUAAGAAGAAAUCAUUUAAAUAGUUUCUACCUUUAUGAGUACAUAGCGUUGUUUACGACCGGUAGCGUUAUAUUAAAUAAAUUACUGUGGAAUGCACCAGAAAUGUCUUGGGGCGCGAAAACUUGAAUUCCUUUUACUUUCAUGUUAUUUCUUCUUUAUUUUUAGAACCCAAAAUGAUGUUUUAACGAAAACGAAAAUGAUCUUAGCGUAAGCAAAAUCGAUCAUAGCUUUAUAAGUGCUAGCUAGUGAACUAAGGAGAUCAGUGAAGGCUUAUUGUUUGUUCCUCUACGAUAUAAAAUAAUUAGCCAUUUCACCAAAAUUCAGUGAAGAAAAAUUCUGGUUUAUCCCAAAUCAUAUUUUGCUUAAAGUACGCACUAUUUUUAUCGCCAAACUUUAAAAAUCGAUUUAAUAAGCGCAAGUUUUGCUGGGGCCGAAGAUGAUAGAUGCAUAUUGCUUAAUCAUAGCUUAUAUUAGAGCAAGGAUAUUUGCCCAUUUUGUUAGCAAAGAAUGCCAAUCUUUCACCGAAAGUGAUUAAUGAAUUGCAAACCAUAAAAAAAGUGAAACAAGGUUUGACGUCCUAUAUUGAUACGAGGCGACAGUGUAUAUAAAAAGCGUGGGAUGUGUAUGACUUAGAAUAAUUUAUCUGAAUUAAAAACAAAGCAAAAUUGUAACAGGAACAAAGGCUUUCAAGGACAAUUUAAUUACAUCGCUUUCGUGAACUUGAAGAUUUGCAUUUCGCUUGGCACGCGAAACAAACGUUUUACGAGAUGUGCCGAGAGCAAUUACAAAAAAUAUAAUUGGAGUGUGAAGUAAAUUUUUUUUCCAGUUUGUAGAUUAGCGAAUUAUUACUUUCUGUGUGUGUUCACGGAACAUCCAUUGAGGCGAAGAAAUACUGGGAGCAUACUGAUUCUUGCGGUAGCUUCAUGCACACUUAAUAUGGGGUUUCAGUGCAUUAACUUUAAAAUUAACAUUUUCUUUAUUGGCGAGACAGGUACUGCGUUCUGUCAGUUUGGAAAUGUUAACUCUGGAUAUUGAUAUUUUGGCAAUUCAUUAAAUUAGAGGAAAAUAUCGACAGCUAUCACCGGAGCUAAGACGUCAGGUGAGACGUUACAUGGAAGCAAAUCGUCUUCCUCAAAUAUACUGUAUACAUUAUUCCUGACAAUAGGCUCGCUUCAGAAACGUCAAGCGUAAAAACCAGACUGUCUGUCUUACACCAGUUUUUCUUUUUGUCAAAUUUGCUAACAGGCGUUCGAGUUCGCCACCUACUUACUAGGCUCGCCAACCUCGUCCCCAGAGAAAAGCGCCCUGGGGACGAGGUUGUCGGCUCGCUGCUUUUUGCAAAACACCCUUAAACAUUAACUUAGCAAGCGUUUCCUAUCGAGUUAUUGCGCGAAAGUUAAAGCGGAAGCGAUAAAAAAGAAAUUGCUCUCUUCCCAACCUUCUCGACGAACUCGCGCGGAAACGCUUGCUACGCAGGCUACAUUAACUUACAAUAUUCAAUAAAAAUAUCACACAUAAUAUUUUACAUUGAUUAAACUUUUAAGUCCACGCGAAAAGAAAGGAACAGGAAAAGGAGAGGAAAGCGAAAAGAGCAUCAAUUGAGAAGUAGAGCACUGUAUCUACUGACUGUUGCGCUGCAUGCUUAGUACAGUCGAAUCUCCCUAUCAGCGACCACCAAUGCGAAGAUUUAGUGGUCGCUUUAGACGAGAGUUGGUGGCUUACACUUUUUUUAUAAAUAAUAAUGUUGUUUUUCCAACCUAGGCGGAAUAUUCUUAUUUUCCUUUAUCUUGAAUUACUCUUAAUUGUUAAUUGUAGCUUAUGGCAUUUCUGUUUGAGAAUGUAUGGUGUUUCGAUUACCAGGGUUCUUGUCGUUUAGUGAAAGGAAUAAUUUUCUGUAUUUACAGAUUUUCAAUCACAAAAUUGAGGCCUUUACAAAUCUCAGUCUCGGGUUUAUUCUUGAACUAUUCUUAAAAUUUCGCAACUUUCAGCCUCGAUAUUCUUAUGAAAAAUAUUGUUAUAUAAAAAAUAGAGUGUAUGAAAAUUGAACCACAUGCAGUCUCCUCUGUUCAACGAAUUACCGGAAGAGCGUUUCGAAUUUCCAUUCAUCUUGACUGGCUUUUUUAACAGGCCAAUCAUGACGCAGUAGUCAAAUCUUGGUACACAGGGGGGGGGGGGGGGGGGGGGGGAACAAAAAUUUUGGGCCCCCUUUGGGGGGUGAGUGUAACCGCAGGGAAAAAAGUUAUAUGAAUGCAAAGAAAGUUAUCAAUUUGUGCGUAAAUGACUGGCCGCCUUCCGCUUGGAAUAUUGUGAAUAUGAGGUUUGUCUUUUUCUUUCUUCUUGGAUGGUUGUGUGUUCGCACCGGGGGGGAGGAGGGGGGGUGGGGGGGGGGGGGGGGGGGGGGGGGGGGGGGGGGGGAGGGGCGGAAACAAGAAUUUUGGCGCCCUUUUGCAGGAUGUACUUAACCCAGAGUUAAAAAGUUUCGUCUGCGGCGUAGGCUAGGAAAAUCUUUGUGCUUCGGAUCUGUGGUCGCACAUGGAGGUUCGACUGUGUAAUUUUAAAGUAAACUAACACCUAAAUGUCACAAAUAAUCUUGUUAUUGCAUAAAUAUUAUUUUGUAGAUGAGGGAUCUGUUUCAUCUUCAUCUUUGGUGACUCUACAAAGAAUAUCUCUGUCGAGUAUGGUUUCGUUGGCAGCCAUGACUAGUUCACCGAAUUUCUUGAAAAAGAGUGUCCAAGCGCUUGAUACGAAUUCAUCUCCAACUAGUGGUUCACAGCAACCUUCACUUUCUUCGGUUUUAUUCACCUCUUCUUCCCACGGGUCGUGGUCAAGGAAAUCUUCCACUACACCAGCUGAGUCGAACGCUUUUUUACGAGAACUGUCACCAUCUCCUUCCCUGUCUACUUACGUAACGCCUCUGAUGGCUAAAGAUCAAGAAGGAGGUGUAGUAACUACCACCUUUGGUUACAAGGCAAAGACCCCGCCCUUUUGGAAAUCCUCUUUUUCUCUAACCAGCUCAACUGUUAGCGUUUCAGAAGGUUCACCUCUUGUUUCUUUGUCAGCGUCACAGAACACGUUUUUCAAAAUUUCAACCGACGUUACUAGCGUGGUAGACACUGAUUCUUAUUCUUUCAAAGCAACUUCUCGUCUUCCGUUGAUGGACAGCUUUAAGCCUACUUCUUUAAAGUAUAGCAGGAGGCAAGCGGCGGAAUCCUCGUCAUACUCAUUAAUGGCAUCAAAAUCCACUGAAUCGUUUACGUCAUUUUUAUCGUCGUCAUCGUCUUCUUCGUCAGUAUCCUUGUCAUCGUUCGGAUCAUUAUCGCUACCACCGCCAUCAUUGUUCUUAUUAUCACCAUCAUUGUCACCUUUAUUGUUAUUGUCGUCAUCAUUAUCAUCACCAACAUUGAUUACAACACUUCCCUCGCCCCUACCAACAUCGGUACCCGCACAACUACAAAUAUCACGUAUGUCUUUGUCGUCAUCAACAUUGACGUUUUAUAAUUCUAAAGCACCAAAAUUUUUACCUUCUCCAUCAAAUUCACGAAAAGACACGUCAUCCUCAACUUGGUUAUUAAUACCUGUAGUUAAAACUUAUGCAUCGUCAUCGUCAGUUUUAUUAUUAUCAUUGUCAUCAUCAACAAUACUAUCUCCGUCUCCAUCAUCAUCAUCAUCAUCAUCAUCAUCACAUUCAUCAUCAACACCAACAACAACAAUUGCGGAAAUAUACCCGGGAGCGGAAACAACAUUAUCUCCAUCACUGUCAUCAAAGUUAUCAUCUUAUUUCCUUCAUUCGUUGCCUUCGAUAACUUCUUUACGAGUGAAAUUAAGAACAACAGAAACAACCAUAUCGUCUUCUUCUCCACCUUUAACGUUUACUUUGGUUGAUUCACAGUUGCCACCGUCCAGGUUUUCAGCGCCUUUACUAACGGCCAGAACAUUUUCAAGUCAAAAAUUGACGUCCAAUUCUGUUACAAUUAGUUAUUUAUCCACUUAUGUUUCACUCUUUCCUACUACCAAGCCGUGGUCACAGACGUCUCUUACCUCAGCUCCUUCGCUUGUCUUUUCAAGUGCAUCCCUGUUCAAUAAUUCUUCGUUGAUCUCGAAACUAUCUUUGGUAGCAGAAUCAUAUUCCUCUUUGCAAGACAAGGCCAGUUAUGUUUCUUUAAGUAGAACUGGUAGAAUUGAGCUGAAACCUUCCAGUGCCGUUCCGACGUUCCAAUUCUCUUCCUUAAAGCUAAGCACUUUAAAGCCUCUGUUUACUGAAACAUUUGUUGUUAAAUUUAAAGGUAAUUGCAGCGUGAUUGUUGACAAGAAUUCCUUCAAACUCAGCUUUGUAGCGACACUGGCCAGUAUACUGCGGAUACCAAGAGAUGACGUCAUAGUUGAUGACGUCAUCUGUGGUUCAGUGAGUGUUGUUUUCACUGUCAAAGCUGCGCGUGAAAGAAACUUAACAAGUGAACUUUUGGGAAUAAUCAAGAACGAGUCAUUGGUAGUGAAAUAUAAUGAUACGGUGUUUAUAGCUUUCGACGUGAAGAUUAUCUCAAAUCCAACUGUUCCAACGAAGUUUUCAAGGCCUACACAGAUUUCCAGCCACGAUAGAAAAAAGUUGUUGUUUAUCAUAUUUAUAUUUUUUUGCGCUGUAUUUGCGGCGUUAUUUGUAUUCUUCUCUGUGGUAUUUUGUAGUAGGUUUUGCGGAUGCUGUCAGAAAACUGGAAAAUUCCGCAUGCACAAGAGAGUGCGUUUACGGGCGCAAGAUUUUGAACUUAAACGUUUCGCGGAACGCAGAAGCCGGCUCUCCGGAGCAAAUUAUUAUGGCGAAGACGCUCAUAAACGGGUAAACAGUAGGAAAAAAGAAUUAGAAGUUGAAAUUGAAGAAGAGGAUAUCAAUGAUUAUUAUGAAGACGAGUUUGUUGCGGGACCUCAAGCCGAUACCAACGAUACAUUGUUAAACUCUACUAAUCAUAGGGCGAAUUCUAACCAACAGGAGGAGCAGAAGUUCGUCUUUGAUGACGAAGACUCUUGUUCAAGUGUAUUGUUUUAUUAA